AUGCAGAGGGAAGAAAAGCAGUUAGAAGCCACUUUGCACGCUAUCCUUAAUAGGGUAAAUGAUUUAAAGACUGCUAUCCAAGCUUUGAUUACAAAAUUGGAAACGGAGUACGAGACUAUUAAUUGGCCAUCAUUUCUUGACAAUUAUGCUAUUUUGUCUGGACAUCUGACUGGGCUGAGUAAAAUAUUACAAGCUGAACUAGCACCAUCUCUAAGGUCUGUUGUUGUACUUCCUCUUCAACUAGGUUGUGAGCGUGAUGAAGAACUCUCUCGGCUAACAGAAGGAAGAGUCCCAGCUUGUACUCAUGAUCUGGUACCUGAUCUUUUACGUACAAAGCUGGAACCUCAGGCUGAGCAAAGAUUACAGCAGCUUAUACACAAAGCCAGUACAUUAAACUAUGAUACUGCACAGAAACAAGUGGCACAGUUCACGAAAGUCAUUAGCCAUGUUUGGGAAAUAAUUUCCAAAGGCCGGGAAGACUGGGAAGGAGAAUCCAUGAGAUCUGCAGGCAUGCAACCAACCCAUAGUAUAGCCGACACACAUGCUUUGGUUACUGCAGUAGGAACUGGAAAAGGUCUUCGACCAGGUAUGCCACCGUGUGUACCAUCAGGGGUUGUACCACCCGGUAUUGGGCCAUCACGGGGACCUACACCCCAAAUGGGAACUGCAGCACCAAAUAUGCCUAAAGCCCCAUCUGCCAUAAAAACAAAUAUAAAGGCUGCUAACCAAAUACAUCCAUAUCAACGAUAA